CUCAAGCAGUGAUAACGUUCAGCUCCUGCACCCUCCUCCACCCUCUCUCUCUCUCUGACUGGUCUUUUGUUUUCUGUUUGAGCUGGAGAUGCUUUGCUCUCAGGUGCAGGUACUUCUGGUGGCUUUGUUUUCCUCUGUGCUGCUGGUGCACGUCAGCGGUGCUCCACGCAGGGACAUGCAGACAGAAACACUGAGAGAAGACCUCGCAAACGACAAGGAUCUUGCUCGCUUGCUCUUGCUGAAGUUUGUGUCUGAACUGAUGGCAGCGAGAGUGGACCAGAUGCUGCCCGUGCUGGAGGAGGAGGAGGUGGGAGUCAGGGAGGAGGUGAUGCGGCGGCACCUUCCCCUCUCUCAAAGGGAGCGCAAAGCAGGCUGCCGCAACUUCUUCUGGAAGACGUUCACCUCGUGUUAACACAAGAUAAGAGCUGUUCAGGCUGAAGUAUUUCUGUUUUAAAAUGUACUUUUUGAGGAUACAUUCAUCCAUGAUUGCUCACUUUGUCAUGACUGUGUUAUUUACUGCAAGAUGCCAAAUAAAGUGUUUUGGUAACUGUAAACAAUAAUAGGGUUGUAUGCUUUAAGAUUGGCAGGAAUGUACAGUGUCUAAAAUAUUUUUUUCUGAA